AUGUCCCACUCCAGCACGCUGGAUUUAGACAGAUACAGCAGCAUGGAGAAAUCUCGACGCUCUAACAGUCGUAGCCAGACCAGGUCCCCGGCCAAGAACGGGGAAGUGCUGUGCGACUUCUGCACAACGAGGAAGCAGAAGGCAGAGAAGUCCUGCUUGGUGUGCCUGGCAUCUUACUGCGAGACCCAUGUCCAGACUCACUAUGACUACCCUGCCCUGAUGAAGCACAAGCUGGUCAAAGCCACAGGUCAGAUGAGGGAGAAGAUCUGUGCCCAGCAUGACAAGUUGCUGGAGGCUUAUUGUCGCUCCGAUGAGACACUUGUGUGUGUUUUGUGCAUGAUGGAUGAACACAAACACCAUGACAUCGUCCCGGCAGGAACUGAGAGGACUGAGAAACAAAAACAACUUGGUACCACACUGUACAAAUCUCAACAUAGGAUUGACCAGAGAGUUAAAAAAUGGCAGGAUCUCCGACAAGCUGUUGAAUCAGUUAAACACUCGGCUCAAACUGCCAUGGAGGAGAACGAGCGCAUCUUCUCUGAGCUUCUGCUUUCCAUCGAGAGGAAGUACAAUGAAAUCAAGGAGAUGAUCCGCUCCCACGAGAAGACCACCGUGACACGGGCCGAUAUAGUGCUGAACCGCUUGGAGGAAGAGAUCACUCUGCUGAGGAAGAAGCACACUGACCUGGAGAAGCUCUCACACACCGAUGAUCACAUACACUUUCUGCAUAGCUGGCAGUCUCUGUCAGGCCCCUCAGGAUACGAAGACCUCAACAACAUUAGUGUUGCUCCCAAUUACUCCUUUGAUGCCACCAAGAGAGCCAUCGCUUCAUUGAAAUUACAAGUAGAAGAAGUCACCAAGAUGGAAAUGAGCAAAGUCUCAGGAACAGUGAAGGAUGUCUACAUCACACAAGAAACUGAGACAAGGAGAGAAUCCAUUUUGAGGGACGAACCAAGGACAAGAGUAGAACCGAAGACAAGAGAAGAGCCGAGGACAAGAGUAGAACCGAAGACAAGAGAAGAGCCGAAGACAAGAGAAGAACCGAAGACAAGAGAGGAUUUCCUGAAAUACUCCAGCCAGUUGAUUCUGGAUGUCAAUAGUAUCCAUCGCAACCUUCACCUCUCCGAGGGGAACCGAACAGCUACAAUGAAGAAUGAGCCAAAGAACUACCCCGACCACCCCGAUCGAUUCGACCACUGGCAGCAGGUGUUGUGCAGGGAGAGCGUGACUGGUCGCUGUUACUGGGAGGUGGACUGGAGGGGAACAGAGAUAGACAUGGCCGUUACCUACAGAGGAAUCCGCCGUAAAGGAAACAGCAAUGAUUGCAGCCUGGGCUGGAACGACAAGUCCUGGAGUCUGUUCUGCUCUGACUCCAAAUUCUCCUUUGUGCACAAUAAUAAGAGCAAGGAAAUUGCAGUUCCAAUCUCAUCUCGUGUCGGCAUCUACCUGGAUUAUGCAGCAGGAACACUUGCAUUUUAUAGUGUUUCUGAUGGCAUGCAGCUUCUGUACAGAGUCCAGACUAUGUUCACACAGCCUCUCUACCCAGCAUUCAGUGUGUGGGGCUUUGGCACGACUAUAAAGUUGUAG